AUGUUCACUUACACGUGCCUCCUGGCACUGGAAGGCGUUGUUUUUGCCAUAGCCAUGGUCUUUGCAAACGCCUUGAAGGGCCUGGAUCGGGCCAGUUGCUGGGAGCGCGGGCAACGCCUCUUCGAGGACCUGCGGCUUUGGCGCAGUGAGCUGGAUGCCGUGUGCUACAACUGCGCCGUGACCACAUGCAGACAAGGCCAGCAGUGGGAGCUCGCCAUGUCGCAUAGCGACGCCAGCCGCGCAUCGCACGCCUCAGCUCGCCAGGAUCCCAUCCUUUUCGGCGGUGUUGUCGCGGCCUGCGGCCAAGGCAGUGCCUGGGCCGUGGCAUCCGAGCUCCUGCGCUCUGCUGGCCGCGCGCGGGCGAAGCUCGACCUGGUUCUGCUCUCCAGCGCCUGCACGGCGUCGGAGAAGGGGGGCCGCUGGGAGGACGCGCUGAGAGCCCAAGAGGAGACGUCGGCCGCCGGAGUGCCAGGGGACGUGGUCCUCCAGAAUGCAGCCUUGGCUGCUUCGCCGCACUGGCCCACCUCGUUGGCCUUGCUCCAGCAGGUCGGGGAUGCCACCGUGGUCAGCUUUAGCGCGGUCCUUUCGGCCUGCGAGCAAGCCGCUGCCUGGCUGUCCGCGCUGUCGCUUCUGCACCAGACAUCAUGGCGUGGCCUCGAGGCGAAUGCCAUCGCGGUAGCGACAGCGGUUGCAGCAGCCGUUUCAGGCGAGCAGUGGCCGCGCGGGCUUGUGCUGCUCGCCACCUUUUACCAGCAAGGCGGCGAGUGUGACCUGGCAGCCUGCGGGGCGGUGCUAACA